GUAGAACACUAAUCACUUCGUCGCUCCAGUAGAACCGAGACUGUAUCGCUUCAGGAACGUCUGCUGGAAAAGUGCUGUCAAAACAGAACAUUGUGUGUAAGAAGCAGUAACGGCUGUGCUGAUGGAGCAGUGUGCGUGUGUGGAGCGUGAGCUGGAGAAGGUGCUACACAGGUUUGUCAUGUAUGGACACCAGUCGGAGGAACGGCUGGACGAACUCCUCAGGAAUGUCUGUGAACUGCGGAGCCGACUGGUCGCCUACGGUGUGCAAGAUGCAGAUUUGUCAGUGCUCCAUCAAACAAUGGCCCAGUGCUGCAAGGAAAUUAAAGAGACAGUGCAGAUGCUGGCCUCCAGGCAUAAGGACAUCCACGGCAGUGUGUCGAAAGUGGGCAAAGCUAUCGACCGAAACUUUGAUGCGGAGGUGAGUGCAGUUGUUGCUGAUAAUGUUUGGGAGUCUGCAGAGAGGCAGAAAUACCUCAGUGAAACCAUCGUAGAACACCUGUACAGACAAGGCAUGCUGAGUGUUGCGGAAGACCUCUGUCAGGAAUCUGGUGUAGUAAUUGACAUGAGCAUGAAACAGCCAUUUCUGGAGCUCAAUCGUAUUUUAGAAGCUUUAAGAACACAAGAUCUCAGACCAGCACUAGAGUGGGCGGUGACAAACCGUCAGCGGCUCCUGGAUCUGAACAGCACCCUCGAGUUUAAGCUGCACAGACUUUAUUUCAUCAGCCUGCUCAACGGGGGCAUCGGCAAACAGCAGGAAGCUUUACAGUACGCACGGCAUUUCCAGCCGUUUGCCUCGCAGCAUCAGAGAGAUAUUCAGAUCUUAAUGGGUAGUUUGGUGUACCUUCGUCACGGGAUCGAGAACUCGCCAUACCGCAGUCUGCUGGAGACAGAUCAGUGGGCAGAGAUCUGUAACAUCUUUACACGGGACGCUUGCGCGCUGCUUGGACUCUCUGUAGAAUCCCCACUCAGUGUCAGUUUUGCAUCCGGCUGUAUGGCGCUGCCUGUGCUUAUGAACAUCAAACAGGUUAUUGAACAGAGACAGUGCAGUGGAGUCUGGACACAUAAGGAUGAACUGCCAAUUGAAAUAGACCUGGGGAAGAAGUGCUGGUAUCACUCAGUGUUUGCCUGCCCUAUCCUGAGGCAGCAGACGUCAGAGAGUAAUCCACCCAUGAAGCUCAUCUGUGGGCAUGUCAUAUCCAGAGAUGCGCUUAACAAACUCACCAAUGCUGGAAAGCUUAAAUGUCCUUACUGUCCAAUGGAGCAGAAUCCUUCAGAUGCCAAACAGAUCUUCUUCUGAUGUUGUUUUCGGGGCAUAUCCGAAUGAAGUGUUGAAGGCCCCUUGGAGCCGCAGAUAAAAUGAUCCUCAUUUCUAGGCAUGACGGGCCUUCUGUUGCAGCUUCCCCCCUGCACAGACCACCUUCCUCUCCAAAGCUUUUAGUUUACAGAGGCCGGUGGUCACGGCUACAUACCUGUAGUGAGUAAGUGUACCUACCGAGGAAAAGAUCUCGCCGGAUCAUUCAUUUGUUAACACAGCCUAGUAUACACAGGCUUUUAUGAGUAUGUACUGUAUGUGUGUGUGCGUUUUGCUCCGCUCCAUUUAUUUUAAUUGCAGAUUAUUUUUAAGUUUCCAAGGCAUAACGCCUCUCCUUUGUUUCUUUGUGACUUUUUAUUAAACGAAUGGGCGUAAUGCCUCCGUGUGGGUGACUUCUUGCCAGAAUAUUGCCACCGUUUCUUCUUACAAGAUACCAUAUAAAUAAACAAAUGGGGACUUUUUGCACGUGUACAUGAUAGAAAUGGCUUUUCAGUAUGUACAUAACAAUGACAGAAUAAAGAUGAGUAUUGGUGGAGGGGUUGCUGUUGUUGUUAAAGACUGGUGCCUGUUUUCAACAGGAUGUUGAUUGUAACAGAAUGACGUCUCUCUCUCUUGCCAAUGUAAUAAAGGCUGUUAUUGGACUUGAUUAGUGCAUCAGUGUGAAUAUUCAUUGGAGAUCUAACGUGGUCUCGUUCCUUGCUUCAGUCUAAUGUCAAAAGUAACCUCCAAGCUGUGUGUCUUGCUAUGUGGAUUUAAAAUCUAAUGAAUAUACUGCAGUGAUUUUGUGAUGGUAGAGUAUACUUUUCCAUUAGAACUGCAUAUGUUGUAAUGUAUUUAAACACACAUGCACACACAAACUACUGCCUCACUCAGCUUAAAUCAACAAAGAAGACAGCGUCUGAAGACAGUGGGGCUACACGCGAAACAUGGAGCAAUCGAUCCCUCGCCGGCGUAGCAUUCUGUAACUGUGC